CAAAAAACAUAAACAAACAUUUUCAGAUGCUGCGUCUGAGUGCUAGCGUGUGUGCUGUGGUGCAUAAAAAUCAACGCUUGGACAAGCUCAUCUUCUCUGCUAUAAUUGUUGCAGCCAAGCAGUUAACACACUUUCAAGGGGUAUCUUCACUAUAUCAGAUGGGCGGAGAUGGGGUGGAGAACUUGUUGAUACCCAUUAAUGUGUUUACACAUUGCAUGCAUCAACAUUUCGAUUAAGAAUCGUUUAAAAAGCGUGCCGAAUUAAUGUAAUUAUUUACAAAAGGGUUGCAUUUCUGGCCAAUUAUUAUCGUCACUCAAUGUUUAAAACCCUGUAUAAAUAAAGGAACAUUAUACUAACAGCAAUACAGAUCAAAAUGUCGGGCCAAGCAGUCAAAGCUUUCAUCGCAAUUAAAAGAUUAUUUUUCACAUUUGUGACAAUUUUUCUAAUGAAUUUAAAUGGUGCGGAUUGUACCAGUGGCGGAGGGACAAACGCUUUUCCGUCAGUGGCAAUAUGUCUGACAAAGGGUCGUUCAUUGGAUGAAGUUAGGCACGCAGCCCAAAGACGUUUUCCCGGAGAAAAACUACCAGGCUCCUUUAUAAGAGUGCUAAAAGAUUAUCUUUUUGUAAACCCUAACGACUUAUACAGCGGAGGGUUUCAGUAUUGUCAAGGACGAAACUCCACGUGUGGAGUCGAUAUUUUAGACUUGAGGAGGGAGCUACUUCCCAGAAACUGCAAAGCGAUUUUUGACAAAAUCUCCUUUGGUGAACAAACCAUUCCCGAUUGCGAAGAAAUAUUCAAGUUUCAUGAACUGGAACUGGGCAACUGCUUUCUAGCCAACAAUUAUAUGGACUAUGACAGUACCGAAAAAAUGCCCUUGCAAUACUCUUCGUUGGACGAACACCGGAGUCUAAAAUUGGACUUUAAGCGCCCAAAACUAUACAACUAUGAAUUGCACGUUCUAAGCAAUGAGGAUGUACCGAAUUUUGCUAGUUCAGGCCACCCGGUUACCUCUCAGCAUACCAAACAAAUUUUCGAAGUCGAGGAAAGUCCUGAACGCAAAUCGAUCAGCGAACCAGUCUCUCAACGCAAGUGUAGACUUCCAAGUGAACAUACCAUCGAGGGAAUUCCUUACAGUCAUUCCUCGUGUGUGGGUAAUCGCUUCAGUGAAUUAGGGAUGGAUAAAUGUAAUUGCUCUGUAUUCAGCUAUCAAGAUCAAAGUUCAAGGAACUUUUGCGGAACGCAGGGACUGAUCUGCUUGUAUGAAGAAAUGAAAGUGGAAGUUGGAGAACAUAUUGCAGCUGACAGGACUUGUCUACCAUCGUGCGUGCAUCAAAAUGUUAAACACAUCGGCGACGAGGAGUACGAUCUGUUUGGGUUUGUGGUCGAAAUAAAAUUAGAAUCCCGAAACUAGUUAUUAUGCCCAGUGACAAAGACUUUUCCAUCAGUGGCAAUAUGUCUGACAAAGGGC